GUUAUUUCUCAAUGAGGCGUGCAAAUAUGCAGAAUGUAUCUUCAAAUAUGGAAGGACACUCUAUGCGAAUCACGCGAUCUCGAGCUAGAACUUUAACUUCUUCUCAGGGGUUACCUCCUUUACAUCCUUCUGUUACACAGGACGGGAAGCAGGUUCGGCGAGCAAGUUCCAAAAGAGCAGCAUCUGAUGAGAACAAAUCAACCACUGGUGCCUCUUCUUGUGUACAACCUAAGAAAAGAGCUGUUCUUAGGAAUGUCACUAAUGUAGUCUGUGAAAGUUCAUACUUGAACUGUAUGACUGGAACUAAAGUAAUUCAGGAUAAAAAACUUGCUGACAAGAAAAUUGCAAAGGUGAUGCCUGCUGUUGUAGUUCAUAAAAAGCCAAAUCAUCUGGAAGAUAGGAAGGAACACAUAACUGAAGAGCUCAACAAAGUGAAGAUUGAAGAAUCAGAGUGUGGUUCACAUGCAAACUCCAAAGAGAAUAUAUUUGCAGAGCAAAGUAAGUGUGCCACCAUAAAGCAAAGCGGUGUAUUUGGUCUUUUGCCAUUGAUAAAAUGCAACUUCAAGACUGUUCCUGACCACAAUACAUCACAAAGAGAUGAAGGCAAACUUUGCCCAAAGAGAGAUGACUUGGAGACUCUGGGUGUUACAGAUAUUGAUUCAAAGCACAGAGAUCCACAAAUGUGCACUUUGUAUGCUCCUGAUAUAUAUACAAACCUGCAUGCUAAGGAGCUUGACCAGAGGCUGUCUGCUGAUUACAUUGAAAGGCUUCAGCGAGACAUUACUGAGGGUAUGCGGGGUAUUCUGAUUGAUUGGCUUGUGGAGGUUUGCGAAGAAUAUAGGCUGGCUCCAGACACUCUUUAUCUGACAGUGAAUCUUAUUGAUCGAUUUCUCUCAGAAAACUACAUUGAGAAACGAAAACUGCAACUGCUUGGUGUGACAUGCAUGCUAAUCGCCUCCAAGUAUGAGGAAAUUUGUGCACCACACGUGGAAGAGUUUUGUUUUAUUACAGACAAUACAUACUCGAAAGAAGAGGUUGUAAAAACGGAAAGUCAAGUUCUGAACGUUUUGGGCUUCCGACUUAGUGUUCCAACCACCAAGAAAUUCCUUAGGAGAUUCAUUCAAGCAGCACAAGCUUCUUAUGAGGUUCCUUCUGUUGAAUUGGAAUUCAUGGCGAAUUAUUUGGCAGAGUUGACUCUUGUUGAAUAUAGUUUCCUUAAGUUACUUCCAUCUGUUGUUGCUGCAUCUGCUGUAUUUCUCGCCAGAUGGAUGCUUGAUCAAUCUAAACAUCCAUGGAAUCCAACAUUGGAGCAUUACACCAGGUACAAGGCGUCGGAUCUGAAAACUACAGUUUCCGCUUUGCAAGACUUACAGCUGAACACUAAGGGGUGUGCCCUUAAUGCCAUUCGCGAGAAGUAUAAGCAGCCCAAGUUCAAGUGUGUGGCAACUCUAACUUCACCAAAAGCAGUAGAAUCUCUGUUCCAGAAGUAGCAGAACUCUGUCUCUUACAAUCUAGAUGUUUGUUAUCGCCAACCCAACCCAUAAUGUGACUCUCAGAAGAGCAGCUCUCAUUCAUUUGUUCAUUCCCCAAACUCCAACAGCAACUGUAUUUCCUCUGUCAAAUCACUUCUGGUACAACGUUAUUAGUGUUUCCUAUUAGUGUUUCCUGUAACAUGGAAACCAGAUGCAAUUAUGUCUUAACAGAAUGUCGUUGGACUGUAGUUAGGGAGAGGCUUGUGUAGUUAAGCAGGAAUUUAACAGCACCAGAUAGCUUAGUUACUGUCUUGAAGGGGAGCUAUAUGAGCUCCUUGUGUAAAACUUUUCCAACAAUGAUUUUUAUCUCUUUAUUGCAAUAUACUUGAUUUAUCCUGUGA